AUGACUCAAAAUGUGGCAUACUCACCAAGUCAAAUUUACCAACGCCUCAAUUCCACCAGUCAAGAAAUCCGCCUCCUCAAAGUCUCCAGUGCCCUAAAUGAAGGUCGCAUCCAAUGUCAAUUACAAACUACUCGUCUAUCAAGCGCUCAAUACGUAGUGCUGUCAUACCAAUGGGGCACUUCUGACGUCUCGCACGAGAUACUACUCGAUGGACACGUCUUUCGCGUCAGACCUAAUUUAUGGGCGUUUCUGGACGUGAUACGCGAACAGCAGGCGAUGAUGCUCUGGAUUGAUGCGCUGUGUAUCAAUCAGAAUGAUGUCUUGGAGCGGAACGCGCAAGUGCGAAUUAUGGGGGAUAUUUUCAGGUCUGCGAGUAUGGUUGUCAAUUGGUUGGGUGCAGGAAGUCAGAAUUCGAGAAUCACGCUGGCUUUUAGGGUGAUGAACCUGGUCUGGAGUUCGUCGAGUGUCGAUAACGCUGAUCAGUUGGACAGUGUUCCAUCCAUUGAAGGCGUUGACGAAGACGAGAUUUGGCAGAGUGUGGUCGAGUUGUGCAGUCUUCCUUAUUGGAAUCGAGUCUGGGUCGCACAGGAGAUUCUGCUAUCCUCGAACAACUAUCUGCUGCAUGGGUCUACGAGCUUGCCUUGGCACAUGUUCGCAAAUUUCAUCAGUCUGAUUGACGUGCGCUUUCCAUGCCCGUCACAAUACAAUCGUCUGAUACACAACUCGACAGCAAAAAGUUAUGCUUUGUCCAAGCCAUACACAAGUGUUCCUAGGGAGCUUACCUGGCGUGUCGGUAGUGCUUUGAAACACGACUACGGUAAGUGGUGGAACAACAACGAGUACAAUCUAUUCAGAAUUCUGACAAUGUUCGGCGAUCGGGAAUGUGCUGAUCCACUGGAUCACGUCUAUGCCUUGCUGUCUUUGACGGAUGAAGGGCCAAGGUUUCCCAUCCGGUAUGGUGUCAGCGUGCUUGAUCUCUUCCUGACCGUGUUCCGGUUUUGCGGACAUGCUGUACACGAGGGUCAGUCCGAACACACUCAAGGAGAAAUUUACGUACCAGCUUCGCAACGUGCAUUCUUCCGUAACGCAAGAUAUUUGGCUGAAAUUAUGGACCUUGUAUCAUCCUACCAAAGGACGCAGCCGUACUUUCAAGGCAUAGCGAUGUCUGCAAGAGGUCCGAGUCCUCGGCCAGAGCCGUGUUUUCCGCGCGAGCACGAUACGUUGAUACUGUAUUGUAGCAGUAUCGACCCUGACAAUGAACCGCCAGUUCUGAGAUCAAACACACUCAGACGCAAUCUGCAGGGUAUAGUAUACGACAGCAUUCUGCACUUGGACGACUCGUCGACUUGGUUGCUAGUACGGAACACUGGAAACAGUUACGUGUCGAGCUUGGUCGCCCUAAUCACUAUUAAGGAUAGUCCACAAGGACGACGUGGUUUCAAAGUAUUAGAGCCUGGUCCGUUAAGUGGUGCAACUAUAUCAGCGGCCAACAAGUCAUCCGGAUCGAAUGCGUGGAAAUUUGUAGUGCCUCCAGACAAGCACCUAGACCUUCUGAAAGCUACUGUGCUUGGUGGCCAGCCUCGAUGA